GAGCCGAGCGGCGGGUUUCAAGGAUCUCGCUGUGGAACGGUUGGAUAUCUGGGAACCUGAAUGAUGCGCAGCUGCAGGAGGGCACGGUUCGGACAGGUAUGAGACCUGUGGCGCUCAGAGAUGAAGGUCACACUGAUGUUUUAACCACGCUGUCAUACGACCCCCCCAGGCCUGGCAAGGUGGAGCCCCACAUGGAUGGAUCCUGCUGUAGGAGCUGUACUCAUGGAAUACAAAGCCUGGCUGAGUCCGCCCCUCUCCGGAAGCCUCCCCGCAGCCCUCUCCUCCUGACACAGCCUCUCCUGGUCCCUCUCGACAUGUUUAGCACAGGGUGCGCAAAGGGUGGCGGAGCGGGGGGCUUCGUUUGCGCACAGCUGCUGUGUUUUUGUGGCCGGGUCGUGAUGGCGGGUCGCCGGCCGGAGGCGCAGGACCACCCGCCCGAGAACGGCUUCACCCCGCUAGAGCGCCCCGCGCCCCGGCUGCUACCUCACAUCGACGGCUGUGUGCUGCCAUCUCUGGGGGGCUUCGGGAGACACCAGAAGCAGCUAGUGGUCCUGACAUGGAUACCCGCGCUUUUCAUCGGCUUCAGCCAGUUCUCGGAUCACUUCUUGCUGGCGCAGCCUAACGGAACGUGCGUGCUGCCCGCGGGUAACCACAGUAAUUGGACCGGGCCACCCGUGCUUGCCAGCGGCGCGCCCGCGCUGCAGCUCCGGGCCAACGGCACCGCGGAGGAACCCGGGAACAGCGCCGGGCUGCUGUGCGCCUGCGAGGAGCGGAGGCUGGAGCUGCAAACAGGACUCCUUCAGAAUGUGGUUACCAAGUGGCACCUGGUGUGCGACUCGGCGUGGAAGGUCCACAUAGCCAAGUUUUCCAUGCUGGUGGGCUCAAUAUUUGGCUACCUGGUGAUGGGUGUGAUGGCUGACUGGUUUGGCCGACACCCGGUGUUGAUUCUCUCGGCGCUUUUCAUGCUGGUGUUCGGCCUGUCUGUCGCCUUCUCUGUAAAUGUCACCAUGUUCAGCACUUUGCGCUUCUUUGAGGGUUUCUGCUUGGCGGGCCUCGCUCUCUCCCUCUACGUGCUCAGAAUCGAGCUCUGCUUGCCAGGCUGGCGCUUUUCCAUGACCAUGGUGGCCAGUUUUCUGAAGGUGGGCGGGCAGCUACUGAUGCCAGGGGUGGCCACUCUGUGCCGCCAUUGGCCAAAUGGGGAUGACUGGCAGGUGCUGCAGAUCGUGAUCAUCAGCCCUUUUGUUCUGAUGCUACCAUACGUCUGGAUUUUCCCCGAAUCGCUACGCUGGUUGCUGGCGACCCAGCACUACAAGCGGUCCAAAGCCAUGAUGCUGCGCAUCACCAGAAAAAACCAGGUUGACUUGACAACUGAGCCCAGUGGAGUUCUUGCAGAGCUGGAACAGGAGCUACACAAGAAACCCCAGAGGAGCUGCAUUGUCAAGAUGAUGAGUACCAGGAACCUGUGGAAAAACAUUGUGGUGCUUUGUGUGAACUCUCUGACAGGUUAUGGGAUCCACCACUGCUUCGCCCGCAGUAUGAUGGACCCGGAGGCCCAGCCCACGGCUUUGUGCCACACAGACUACUACACCAUGGCUGGCAUCGCCGUAGCCACAUGCCUGGCUCUUUGCCCUGCAGUGGGACUGAUGGGUCGGCGUGGAGGACUGCUCACCUUCAUGAUUAUAACAGCUUUGGCAUCACUACUGCAGCUGGGUCUGCUCAACUUAAUUGGAAAGUACAGCCUCCGCCAUGAUACAGUCCUACGAGACACACUGAACAGAAAAUUCUCAGUGGCCUUCUCCAUCAUCGGCAUGUUCUCUUCUCAUGCCGUCAGCACGCUCAGUAUUUUCUUUUGUGCUGAAAUCACUCCGACUGUCAUCAGGGGUGGGGGUCUGGGCCUUGUCCUGGCUAGUGCAGGCUUUGGGAUGCUAACCGCCCCAAUCAUGGAGCUGCACAACCAAAAGGGCUACUUCCUGCAUCACGUGAUCUUCGCCUGCUGCACCCUGCUGUGCAUCAUCUGCCUGCUGCUGCUGCCAGAGCCGCGGGGUCAACCGCUGCCAGAGAGCCUCGCCGACGGAGAAACCUUCACCCGUCAGACCCUGCUCCACCCUGGGGAGCAGCAUCUCCUCCUUGUCAAGUACGAAAGGGACUACUCGCGUGUCCACGACACGCCGUUACAUCUCACAGCCACAGGGGGCGCUACGGCGGCAGUAGCCACCGCUCUGGCAGCGGUACCUGCUUCCUAUGCUCUUGCAACCGGUGGUGAGGUGAUUGGUAACUGUGCCAUAGCCAACGGGGUAUGAACAUCACAGCAAUAGUCUUCUACUGUGCAAAUAACUGAUGCAGCGAUAACCAGAUCAAAGACGUGAUCAAAUGUUUUAGGAGAAAAGGAACAAAAAUGUUCGGACAAACCAGAUGAACUGCUGUUAAACUGUAGUGAGGUUUGAGAUGAUGACAAUGACAGCAAGCCUGUGUAAUAUUUAGUGACAAUGAUUCAGUCAGGAGUUGCCAAAAAAUAUUGUAUGGACCUGGUUUAUCUGAAGUCAGAAUGUGACAAUGGUGAUUUUUCUGCACUGCUUAAAGUAAACGAAUGCAGGGAAGUGAACCAAUGGCAGAUUAACUUUGUGACUUUUGUGUUUGUAGAUUUGACUUGUUGAAACAGGCUAAUUGUGGAUCAUUUGAGUGGGCCCAAAUAGUUCUUGCGUGUGGAAAACUUCUGGUUUUUGUUUUUGGUGAACUUAAAUGUUUAAAGAUAACCUAAGCAAGUACAAAAAAGGUGGUUUUCACAUAAUAAUUUUAUUUAGCAAGUGGAAAUAAGGUAAAUAAACCCAAUUUGAAAAACCCAACAGCGACAGACUGGCGACCUUCCCAGGGUGUACCCCGCCUCUCGCCCGAAACGGUCGCUGGACAUAGGCACCAGCACCCCUCCUGACCCCAGGAGGGAGAAGGGUGUACAAAAAAUGGAUGAAUGGAUGGAACAUAUGUUGGUGUGGAGGAAUUUUGGUCCACAUCUGCAGAAUACCUUCAGUUCAACCAAACUUAAUAGUGUUUAAUCUUAAAAGGCUUAUUUAAAGUCAUACCACUGAAUCUCAGGCAGAUCCCAAUCUAGAGUUUGAACAGGCCAGUAGAACACCUUAAUUUGUGUUGGCUGAACAUCUGCUGCUGACAUUAAAUGUCAGUAUUCAUGGUCCCAUCAAUUCAGUUUUGUGGGAUAGUCAAGAUGUUUAAGUUUGGGAAUAUGGGAUGGGUUUUUGUGAUAUUUUUGCUCACCAGUGAGAACUCUUUCAUUGGUGUCCCUUUUACCCAGCCUCAUUUUAAAUGUUGCAUGAUCAACACAAAGGUCUGCAGUGCUUUCAGAUGUUGUUCUGGGUUCUUUUGUGACCUGGUUGAGCUGCUCUGUGUGAUUCUGGUUCACUGAUGUUCAUUGUUUUCUCCAUUUGUGGGCAAUAUGAUUUAUUUGGUGUCCUGAAGCCUUAGAAAUGGUUUCAUCUUCCAUUCCAAACCCAAAGGUGUCAAUCUGAUCAUAAAUUUCUUUAGAUCAAUUCAGUGUGUGUGUUUUUUAGAUCAUUUAACAGUCUUUAUGAUUUUAAACUUCUUCUAAAGUAAUUUCAUGAUUCUGUUGGUCUGAAGCUAAUCAGGAUUGGUGAAAUUGAACUCAACUUUCAGAAAAUGUAAUUGAUCAUAGUGAGGUCAUCAUUUAAAAAAAGAAAGGGACUGGGGCUCCCUGAAUAUAUGAAAUAAUUUGAAAAGUGUUUCACUCAGGUUAUCUUUGACAUAAAACUUGCUUUAUGGUUUUAGUAUACAAGUGUGACAAACAAAAGCAAAAACAGAAGAAAUCUGAAAGGGGGCAAAGAGUUUCUUACAUUAUUUUGCACUAAAUGUCAAAGACGCAAUCAAGUGUUUGUGAAUUUUUAGCCAAUAUGUUGGAAAUACAGGCUUAGUCCACUAUAAAUAUUUGUUUUUUUUUUUUUUUUGCAUGAAAGGGCACAAAUGGUUUUAAUAGUUUUACAUGUAUGUUUUCUCCCCUUUUCUCAUUUGUGCCCACUAACUGAAGUCCAUUUGUGGCACUUUAUCCUCAGAGAUGCAGUCGGUGUAGACGCCGAUCUUUAAAUAAAGACUAACACUGUCAGGGGGACAUAUGAUGGUUGUCGGAUGUUACAAACAGCCGGAGACCACGGCAGAUUUUUACGUGUAGCCUUUUGAGACUUGAUGACGAGACAAACCUGAGAGCUGAAUGGAUAUUAGGGCGGUGUACUGCUGUAUGUCUAAAUGAUGUAUCUCAGCAUUUCAAUGGCUUUAUCUCAUCGUCUCUGUUUUUUUUACAGAUUUAAGAUGAGAUGUAACUGAAGAAAUCCAGUAUUUAUUUUCUAAUGAUGCCAAGGGCAAACUUGUUGCUUGAAUUACCUCCUUCAUUAGCAAAUAUUUCCGCUUCAAUUGUCACUGUUCGUUCUGGGUAUGUUAGUAUUGUUAGAAUCCUGCUGUUUCUAUGUUUAACAUUAGGCAGAAAGCACAAUAAAAUACUGUUGUUUUUUUUUUAAAUAAACACGUGUGAAGAUUAGAGUACAGCAGUGUAGAACUGGCCUAGUUGUAACUGUGAACAUUUAUACUAUGUGAAUACUGAGUAGGAUUUGUACAUGUGCCAUUCAUUCAUCAUGUAUGGAUCUUGAUCUUCACAUGUUUAGAAGCACAUCAACUAGAUGAACCAGCCUACUAAUCCAAAUAAUGAUUCGAACCAUAUUAGUGUUGUAUGGGUUUACUGGUUUGUAUGUUUAACAGGUAAAGCAAUGAAAAACAAAACAAACAAACAAAAAAAAACUCAGUCUCUAAUGCUGUUUUCUAAGUGUUAUUUUUUUAAUAAGAUGCAUUUGUAUAAAAAGCCAUAGGCCUACAUGUUUUGAUAAUAAACCACUUAAUUUAUUAUGUCAAUAAAAGAACAGUGGAUGUGA